UUUUUGUUUUCUUUGGAAUGUGAAUUUUUUUUGGUUUAACUUCUGCUAGUUAUAAUGGCCAAAGGUCUUAAUGCAAUCUGCACCUCUUUGGAAAGCGAGCUUCCUGACUUGGAUUUCGCUUAAUGGAUUUGUUCAACUUUCUAUUUAACAGGCCCUUUCCAACCAUGAAUGGUGGGAAAGGGGGUGUGUGUGUGUGUGGUGGUGGAUUUUCUGUUUUGGUUUGUUUUUUUGUUUUGUUUUAACAUGUGGGCAGUGUCCAGGUACCCUGGUAACAGACAGCAUAAUCAAAAACGCUAUAAAGUGUUAAUACUGAAAAUAUUCAGAUGUAUAUAUGGAAGCUACUGACUGCCUAGAAAUUAGGAAAGUGUGCAAGAAGUCCAGUUGAUCAAGGUGGAUUUCCCCCGACCCCUGCCAUUUCAAGAGACUUCUCAAUUGCCUUUGUAGAACCUUUGGACGCUCCCCUCUGUGCCAUGUUUUGUGGCUCUCACCAUAAGAGGAAUUCGUCUUGAUGAAGAUUCCUAACAUUGGUAAUGUGAUGAAUAAAUUUGAGAUCCUUGGGGUUGUAGGUGAAGGAGCCUAUGGUGUUGUACUUAAAUGCAGACACAAGGAGACACAUGAAAUUGUGGCUAUCAAGAAAUUCAAAGACAGUGAAGAAAAUGAAGAAGUCAAAGAAACCACUUUACGAGAGCUUAAAAUGCUUCGCACUUUGAAACAGGAGAACAUAGUGGAGCUGAAGGAAGCCUUCAGAAGAAGAGGAAAAUUAUACUUAGUUUUUGAAUAUGUGGAAAAAAAUAUGCUUGAAUUGCUAGAAGAAAUGCCAAAUGGAGUUCCACCAGAAAAAGUGAAAAGCUAUAUCUACCAGCUAAUUAAAGCAAUUCACUGGUGUCAUAAGAAUGAUAUUGUUCAUAGAGAUAUCAAACCGGAGAAUCUCUUAAUAAGCCACAAUGAUGUUCUGAAGUUGUGUGACUUUGGCUUUGCUCGUAAUCUCUCCGAAGGAAGCAAUGCUAACUAUACAGAAUAUGUGGCUACCAGAUGGUACCGCUCUCCUGAACUCUUACUGGGAGCCCCCUAUGGAAAGGCAGUGGAUAUGUGGUCAGUAGGCUGCAUUUUGGGGGAGCUGAGUGACGGGCAGCCUUUGUUUCCUGGCGAGAGCGAGAUUGACCAGCUCUUUACCAUUCAGAAGGUGCUAGGCCCUCUGCCAGCCGAGCAGAUGAAGCUCUUCUACAGCAACCCUCGCUUCCACGGCUUGCGGUUCCCUGCAGUCAAUCAUCCACAGUCUUUGGAGAGAAGAUACUUGGGAAUUUUAAGUGGUGUGUUGCUUGACCUGAUGAAGAACUUGCUAAAGCUAGAUCCAGCAGAUAGGUAUUUGACAGAACAGUGUUUGAACCAUCCUUCAUUUCAAACUCAAAGACUCUUGGAUCGCUGUGGAAGUUCACCUUCGCGAUCAACUAAGAGAAAGCCUUACCAUGUAGACAGCAACACGUUAUCUAACAGAAAUCAAGCCAGCAAAAGUUCUGCUUUGCAGUCACAUCACAGAUCAAACAGCAAGGAUAUACAGACUCUAGGGGUUGGCCUGCCAAGAGAAGAGGGUCUUCCAACAAAUGAGAGCUUUUUAAAUGGAAACCUCCCUGGAGCUGCACAUAGUCCAAUGCACACAAAAAAAUCAAGCAACCCACCUGGAUCUGGCAGCAAGGAUCUAGCCAAUAAUAACAUGCCACAUCUUCUCAGUCCAAAGGAAGCAAAGGCAAAAACAGAAUUUGAUUUUAAUGUGGACUCAAAAAGUUCUGAUGGUUCAGGUACAAAGUACCUGAAGUCAAACACCAGAUCUCAGCAGAACCGGCACUCAUUUAUGGAAACUUCUCAAAACAAGACUGGGACACUGCAACCCGGUGAUAAGCAUAGUCGCCAUAGCUAUAUUGAUACUAUUCCACAGUCUUCUAAGAGUCCUUCGUAUCGGACAAAGUCAAAGAGUCACGGGGUUCUGACGGACUCAAAAUCGGUGGGCAAUCUUUCUGAAGCCAGGGCUCAAGCUGCAGAACCAAACAACAGUAGAUAUUUUCCAUCCAGCUGUAUGGACUUGAACUCUCCUACCAGUCCAACUCCUCCCCGACACAGUGAUAACAGAACUUUGCUCAGUCCAUCUGGGAGGAACAACCGCAGUGAGGGUACCCUGGACACCCGAAGACCAUCAACAAGGCACUCCAAAACAAUGGAGGAGUUAAAACUGCCAGAUCACGUGGAUGGAAGCCAUUCUCAGUCGCUGUCUGCUCCACAUGAAUCUUUUUCCUAUGGUCUAGGUUAUACCAGUCCUUUUUCUUCACAGCAGCGCCCUCAUAGACACUCUAUGUAUGUGAGCCGGGACAGAGUGAGGUCAAAGGGCUCAGAGGGUGGCUUAAACAUAGGGCAAGGGAUGGCAGCCAGAGCAAACAGCCUGCAACUGUUAUCUCCACAGGUGCAGCAUAAGUCACUCACAAGGUCUGUUGGCUCUUCACGAGAAGACUGUACGGAGGAUGCUAAUAGGAGUGACCAGAUCCCAUCAGAAAUGAAUUCAACAAGACCUCCAGGAAAAGAUUCCUCCAGAGAUGUUACAACUGCAUAUCAUUCACGGCAAAAAUCUGAGGGUGGGACAUAUCAUGAUCCACAUACAGAAGAUGGAGCAUCUACUAAAGAAAACAGAAUUAUCUAUAAUGACCCUGUUCCACGAAGAGUCGGCAGCUUUUACAGAGUUCCAUCACCACGUCCAGAGAGUACAUACCUAGAAAACAAUGUGUCAAACAGAGCCCCUGUAUUGCCAGCAGAGAGCAGCACGGUGGCAAACCACUCAAAGAGACAAACCACCUUUGAUACCUGGAAAAGUCCUGAAAAUCUUAACAGUCACUCUGAACAGCUCAAGGAGAAAGAAAAGCAAGGUUUUUUCAGGGCAAUAAAAAAGAAAAAGAAGAAAUCUCAAACUACAGACUCAGCCAACGGGGAGAAUCCAAGCAUCAAGAAAUCCCUCUUCCCUCUUUUUAAUUCAAAGAAUAAUUUAAAGCAUAGUUCUUCUUUGAAAAAGCUUCCUGUAGUCACUCUACCCAUGAUGCCUAGUAGUGAUGGUCAGGAUCUUUUGGCAUUACAGAAAGCCAUUCACACUUCUAAUCACCAGAGCAGCAGGCAGAAGGAUUGGCAUCCUGAGAAGAUGACAGAAAUCCAGCCUCAGAACCAGCCAUUAAAAUCUCUUCGAAAGCUAUUGCAUCUCUCCUCUUCAAAUCAUUCUGUCCCUGCUGAGCCUCGCUUCCAACCCUUACCAAGUCAGCCAGCCAAAGCUUCUUUUUCUGAAGUGCGAAUUCACCCCAUGAGUCAAAGCUCCAGCAGCGGCAGCAGCAAUGUACGGCAAGAGUCUCAGUCAAAAAACAGGCCAGCACUGCAGAUACCUGGCCAGCUGGAACCUAGCUGGCACGUCGCACCAGUGAACAGGAGCGCAAACGAUGGGCCUCCCUACUCCGAUCAGCUGCCUUCCAAGAGCGGACAGAACGGGCACACGUAUAACCGAACAAACCGAUCACGAAUGCCAAAUCUGAAUGAUUUAAAAGAGACAGCCUUGUAAUUGCACUCCAGAAAAUAGGCCAGUUCACAUGGAGAUUGACAUAGGGGAGUGGUGGUGGUUCUGGUGAUGGCAAGACUGUAUUUUCAGCUUUAUAAAGGUGUGCAAUAUGUACAUGUGGAGCUAUGCUAUUUGGCACCACAGUGAGAGUCAGGGAUUACACAGUAAAACAAGUUGAAUUGUGCAUUACCAGUCAUCAGAAAUGUCACUGGAUACCAGGCAGAGUGUGCCGUUCAGGGAGAAAAAUGUAUUACUGUUCUCUCUCGUUUACAUUCCAGCUUAGUGCACAUCUCUGUCUGAAAGCUGGGAGACUUUUGGUAUGUAUUGGCACUUACAAGGGUGAAAACAUUCAUGUCUAGACCUAUGCCCUUACUACCUUUUUUGCUGCCUAGUUAAAACAGUGAGGUUUAUGUGAUAAAAGUGUAUCCCUGUUAAGGGUUUAAAGUUAAAUUGUAUGUCUUAAAUUUGUUUUUUAAACUACCAUAUUUGAUAGGAUUUGUAAUAUUUAUUUAUGAUGAUCUAAUAUCGUACUGUUAUAAUCAUAUCUUUUAUGUUAUAAUGUAAAGUUAUUUUGAGCUGUUUGAAACAUUGUGAAGCAGUGCAACAGCUACAGUAGUUUCUAUAAAAAAAACUAACAGUAACAUUUAUAUAUUGCAUCAGGAGUAUUUUAUUCUAUAUAUAAAUAUAUAUAUAAAUGGAAAAUAACUGUCUGUUUUUUAAAUAUACUCAUUUAAAAGAAAGGUAUUGUUAUGACACUAUCUGCCAUAUUUUUAUACAUUUGUGAUAUAAAGUGCAGUAUUAUACUUCUAAUAAAAGGAAGUUGAAUGUGGAUAUAAGUGUGACUGUAACAGUAUGAAUUUUGCUCAGCUAUUAGAGCCCAGUAUUAUAGGCAUUACUGGCAACAAACAAAAGACAGCGUUCAGUUCCAAGCUUUAUUAUGGGCUAGUUUGUUGGAAGUAUUGGCUAACUGUAAGAGACUGCAGAACUGUACAGUAAUCUAAAUGUAGUGUGUUCUCCCCUAACUGUGUCCUUAGCUUUCCUAUUAAUAUUAAUGGGAGUUUUGCAUCUGCAUCAUGAGCAUAGAGCCCCAGUACCAAUUUUUUUCCUCUAAAGAUAUAAAGUGCCCCGUGACUACAAGCUAAAGCAGGUGCUCUUCCACUUAAUAGUAGGGGUGAAGACCAAAGAAACAUAGCAUGAAUUGCAAGUGAAAUGCCAAACUUUGACAUUUACGCAUAGCAUGCCGCUGCAGAUCAUGGUGUAAGCUUUUAUGUAUAUGUGUAUUUUAUAUCUUGUUUAAUGAUUAUUAACUAUUAAGGUGAACACUGUAUUUAAAUUUGAAAUACUCUUGCACUUUUUAUUAUAUUUCAGGAUGUAUUUAAAGCUACCAAUCUGGUAUUUGGAUUUUGGGGAAAAAGGUUGCCAUGCAGCUUAUUUUCUCCUUACGUUUUGGUCUCAGAAUAUUCCAAUGCACAGUUCAGUUUCCAGUCUCAGCAAAAUAGUAGAUCUAGAGUUCCAGUCUCCUGUAGAACAUUGUAAAAACUGCCUUUACACUGGUAAAUUUCAAGUGUAGCAAAUAAACAACCUGAUUCCUCUGUUGCUGCUGGUAAGAUCAGUCAAGGGUGAGUCAAUAGAAGUCAAAAGAGUUACGCUAGUCUAAACUUAGUGCAAUAAGAGGAGAGUAAGGCCUGUAGUGUCAGAACAAUACAAUCUUUCCUUUGUAAACACGUUAGUUCAACUCCCUCAUUACUCUGCAGCAUAGUUCAUUUUAUAUAUGAUGUUCUUAUAAAGUAAAUGUACUUGCAAAUAUGUUGUCUUUUCCAAAAAGAGAUUAACCUGAAUGUAAAUUUGAUGAUUUAGCCAUAGAUACAGUUAACAGAAGUAGCCAGACGGUAAGAGCUGAAGUUCCUACUUUGAUAACAAUGCAAACUGGACAUGAUGAUGUUCAGUACCUCUUGAAUCAUACCAAAGUUCUAAGAACAUUAUACAACAAAAUUGGCACCGCUGCUUUGAAAAUCUUUGUCAUAAAGUACAAUAUGAAAUGAUUUCAGGUUUGUCCAGGGCAAAAAGCAAGUCUAGUAAAUCUGAAAAACUACAAAGCAAGAAUUCUUUAUUUUUUGAAUUGUCUGCGAGAAAUAUGUAUGUGGGUUUUUUUAAUAGAUAUAUAUGAUAUAUUCUGUGUUUAUGUAUCAUAUAUAUCAUAUAUAUAAAUAUAGUAGACAUGACAGGGUGUCCAUCUUUUUAAUAAUGUCAUUGGGCAUCCAAGAAGCACAUUGUGAUGUUUACUAUUCAUUAUUAUCACAGCAUAUUUCUCCUGAUCUUUUAGAAAUCUUUUUUGGAUUCACCAGUUCAUCACAAUUGGGUUAGUCCUGUUCUGUGCUCUGAACUGGGCUGAUGCCGCUGAAACCCCUUACAAAAACCUUGUCUUUAGUUCAAGAGUGGGGCUCUAAGCAGUACUAUGUUAAUGUCUCAAACUGAGCAUUCAGACUAGGCUCUUCUGUACUUUCUGAAUAUAAUUUAUUUUGCCUCUACUAGACUUUUACCGUGUUGAUAAAAGCUUCAUGCUUGGGAUAAUCAUACUGGGCUGUCUAUGGUUGUUCUGAUUUCUGGCAGGGAAAAAUGUUUCUAAAGGAUUUUUCUUCAGUACUCAUUGAGUUAAGUUAAGGUAAUCUCUGACUGUACUUAUAGCUGUUUAAAAUAGUUAGCAAAGCUUCAAGGGUCACCCAAGGAGUGUUCAAGUAUUUGGUGGCCCAUAUUUACAGAAAGUUCUUCCUACUUCCUAAUGCAUUUUCUUCUCAGAUUCAACAAACUGUAAUAGAUUAAAGUUGACUACUAGAUUGUGUUGAACAUAUGUAAUGUUUUCUUCCUUCUGUUGGAAAGAACUUCCAGCAGCUCAGCCAGCUGGUGCUGGGAUUAAUUGAGUAUUUUUAACCUGGUCUAACUAUUUAGAGUAUUCCUAGUGUAAUUUUGCUGAGGCUUCUGCAGGAGUCUUAUUACAGUGACUGAGAUUUGCUGACUCAAAAAAGGAGAAGAGAAUUACAGAGCAAACGAUUUUGUAAGUGCGAGCUUGCUUCUUCGCUGUUUUGUGAGUCUUGUGCUACGUGUUCUAUAGAGUUAUUUAGGAUAAAGCAUCUUAGACUGUAUUUUAUUCUUUGGCGAUCUGUUUUGCCUUAUUAUGGCAUCACUAGUGAUGCGAAUGGAAAAAAAGCCUAAGUUUCAGAAAUGAAUUAUAGUCAUUUUGCAGAACUCAAGCUGCCUGAACUCGUCUAUAUGUUUUUACUAUUAUUGAGCUCUUGUUAACUGAGAAAAGGCACCUUAAGCUCCUCUUUAUUUAAACUGCAUAUGUGUUUAAGUUGUCCUUCCAAACUGUCAUGAAAAUGUGUUAGCCUGAAACAACAUUUUUCAAUAGACCUGACCGCAGAGAACGGACCUGUAGAGCCACUUAAUACUUUUUGUUCCAUUAUCACACUCCGAAGCUCAUUGCUCCUCCAAGAGCUCACCAGGACAGUUUUUGGCAGGAAGUCAGCGAUCCCAGAUUCAGUCCAUUCUUUCCCACCCCACAGGGCUGAUAUCAAACUGAUAUCAAACUUUGAUUUCAGAUACCAAGUCAGACCCACCUAGACAUAGGGUUUCUGAUACAACUCUACAGAUACUCGCUGUUUUAGAUGAAUGUUAAAGCAGGCCUUAAACUUCGAGUCUGACGGUACACCCUCAAAUCAUCUUUAGGCUUGUCCCCUUUUUCUCCUGGACCAACUUGCUUCUGGGAGCAAAGUAGAGCAGAUUCUUCAAGAAGUGGAGUCCUGUGAUAGGCACUUGGCUUUUGGCCAUUCCUUGCCUUUCUAGUUGGAUCUCUGGGGGGGGGAUAAAUCUUAGUAGUACAGAAAGCUACAUGACCAGCUUCAUUUUGUUUGCUUCAAAAGCCACUGUAACUAUUAGCUGACUAGACCAUUGUGUUCACCCAGAAAAAGCCAUGUAUUGUAAGCAAUUCAGCUCUGUAGACCUUCCCUAGAACCAACGUAACUGAUUACAUAACUCUGAAAGCACUGUUGUAAUCUAAGACAAAACCAAGGCACUUUCAAGAGGAACCACGAGCUAGAAAGUUUUAUUCACAUUUCAGUUGUUUGUUGUCUUGAAACUAUUUGGGAGUGAGAAUGCUUUAAAAAUAUCUGUGUCUAAUUAAUUCUCUGUGUGUUGAACACUGUUAGAGUAGAAGGGGUAAAAACAUUUGAAUCUCAAUCAGUCACGCAAAUUAUAUUAAAAGGAUAGUCGCAUAAAUAUGCCACGAAGUGUGGGGUGGCCAUGAAUGUUUCAUUUCCUACAUUCCAAACUUAGCACACAUGAUGCAUCUAUUAAUGGGAUUACACCAUAAACCACAUAGCUGGGCUGUUGCAGCUCGUGUAAGUAGGCCCACCAUGUGAAAUAGGAUAAGAAUGUCACAGAAAAUGCUUGGAAAGGUAGUGUGCCCUAUUUAACCAUUUUUAAAUAACCUUCAGUCAGGACACUAUUUAAGAACAGGUGCCUUUCCCCAUGCAGCUCUCCCUAAUAGUGUCAUGAUAUUAACCAUCCAUUAGAUGGGGUUUGUAGAGAAUGAGGAGAAAAGCCAUUUCCUUUCUAGCCUUUGUUAAAAAGGGAGCAAUUUGAGUAAACUCUUUUAAUAUAACACAGCUUGGAAGCUUCUAGAUGUUGGCUCCUUCUUCAAAGGAUCAAACAGCACAGUGCAUCAUUGCUGAAGGCCUUUCAGGCUAAUAAAGGCCUGUACAGAUCACAUCACUUGGCUCCGAUGUUGUAAUGAAACUGCAAGAUUUUUCAUUCUGCAAUCACGAAGCAAAUUUCAUAAAAUUAAGUGGAUGAUCUUUUGUUUCAAUGGUCUGUUUUAAUAGCUAUUGCAGGAGACAGCAGAUAUAAAUCUGGUGGAUGAGGCUUACCUUACUUGAGCUUACCUGCUGCAAGUUCUGCCUUUGUUGCCAGGAGUAUCCUUAUGUACAGGCAGAUUUGGAGCAAAAGGUGUCUUUUUUGACAUACUAAGUGCAAGAUGUGUGGGAGGACCACCACCCCUCUAUAUUUUGAUGCUUUUAUUUCACCAAAUCAGAUUGCUUCUGAGGCUCUUUCAGAAUGUAACUCAAAUAUGCAGCCAGGCAAAUGUGACUGAAGACGUGGCCCGAGGGUCUGAAUGUGGAAUUUAUGAAAUGGACUAAGAGGUCAGGAUGUGACUCUAGACCUCUCUUGUCACCUCUGCAAGUUGAUCUACCUCCUCUCUCUUACAGAAUGUGGUCAAGAUUUGGUUUGCUUGUUCUCAGUUUGUUAGCGACUCCAGAUUUUGAAGAGACACAGAAGAAGAUUUUUCCUUUAGGUACUGUUAGCAACCAAGUAAUGACAUUUUAAUGGGCCUUCAUCUGAUAUAUUUCUAAAAUCUUCAAGCCAUCUGAGCUCUCCUUCUAGAAUCCUAAUGCCAUCCUUUGCACUGCUUUGCGGUCUUCCCUUGCACUUCCCCCUGUGGUUCUCAAAUAUUGCAGUUGCCUUGUUCUUUGUUGUUUCUCCAGUGCAGAUUAUCAGGGAGUUAGAGGCCUUAUCUACUACUCCACCCUGUUUGCUGUUUUAUCCAAACAGCUAUCCUUAGACUUGCUCAGGAUUUUCUUCAUUUUUAUUUUUCAUUUUUUCUGGGUGAGAUAUCUUACCUCAUUGUGCCCCCACUGAAAUAUAUUGCCUACCAGGCUUUUUGUUCCACCUGUUUUCGCAGGACAUUGUUUCUCUGCAUCCAUUCUGAGAAUUGCAAGGUGGCAUCUUAAAUGUACCGGCACAGAAAUGCUACGUCAAGUAACUGCUUUUGUAGAGCUUUCUAUUAGCGGAGUUAAAGCGUGUUCAUAGCACAAGAUAGAAGACUCUUGACGGGUAAAUCCAAUGGCAGAGCUUAUAACUGUUUAGUAACAAGGAAGAGCUUCAAACAUAGGUCAGAUUCAGGUAACUGUCUACACUUUUCCCCUUUUUUCUUUCUUACCUUUUUUUUGCUAGUACACAUCUUAGACUCAUACGACUGAAGGAUAUGUCUAAUCGAAAGGAG